GUAACCCUCCUCUCCAAGGCGGUCUAAGCUUUCCACGGCUAAGGUGGUUAGGCCGCGUGUUUUAUUGAAUAUCACACACCCGAGAGGCCGACACAUCCCAACGGUCGAACCGAGAGCACGCUGCCGGCGUCACCAGCGCCCACAGAUUUCCCCAGGGCCUCCCACCAUAUCCCGCUUACGCAUCCGAGAUCGAAUUGCUCGCAAGAAGCGAGCACUGCUGCUGAUGCAGUGGCAGCAGUCCUAUAGCCUCUACACCAGCAUGUGGUUCGCUUCCCACGUCGCGGUCAUGUACACUCUGGGUCGCCUGGCCAUCGAUGAUAUCCCGACCGGUGCUGCACGGAGGGACGUAGACAACUUCUUCAGCCCUCAGGAUUGCGUGGGGUUUAUGAGGUUUACGCGAGACCAGAUCGUACUCAUGCUGGAACAUGCGGAGGCGGUUUACAACAAAGGUUGUCCCCUGACACACUGUUGGGCCUUCAUCGGCGGAACUGUGCGCGGUAUUGCAAGACUACAGCGUUUUUUCUACAACGGGUACAAGAGGAAGCACUCUAUCAUGUUCCAAGGAGUCGUGACGCCAGACGGGCUGUUUGUUGACCUGUACGGCGCAGAGGUUGGAACAAGGCACGACGGCUACUUGCUUGCGCAGUCUGCACUACUUGAGAAGCUACAGACCCACAUGAAGAUCCCUUCAGGCCACCCGUAUUGCUUGUAUGGUGAUCCAGCCAAGUGGGCCUUCGUUGACAUGAAGUGCCAGCUGAAGUUCCUGCUGAGCCCUGUAGCGACGACGUACAAGCUAGCAACACUGUUGUCAAACUUCCACUCCUGCCUGCACGGCGGCAACCAGAUUUCACAGUACUGUGGAGUAGAGCCUUCCACGCUGGAAGAGUACCUCAAGGUGUAAGCCUCAGCGGUUUGUCAGGGAAAUAUGUU